UGGUGACGUCUGAUCACUGACUGGUUGAUGGAACAUUACGAGCGGCACCUGAAGGCACCACCCUCGUUUAGUCAGCCAGCAGCAGACAGUCGCCGCCAGAGUAGCAGCUGGGAAUGUGAGCGGCUGCUGCUGCUGCUGCACGGACCUCUACUCACGCGACUGGACACCACAGCAGGGUCUGACCGGGAAAGAAACUCUCUCUCUCGCUCUCUCUUUCUCUCUCUCAUUUAGACAGUGCAACGUGUUUAGUCCGUGGAGAAGGCGUGUGGGGGGGGGCAGGGUCGUUUGUCUCCGCCUGCAUCAAAUGGUCACCAGACAGCCGGUGGGGACUCACUGCGGGGCCGCAUGCUAUAGAGUGGGAACCGGCCGGAGAAUCGUGUGUACCACCACCACCACCACCACCACCACCACCUCCUCCACACUGGUCUGUGAACUUACGCCACCCCCCCGCACCUCCUGCUUCAAGUGUCACUCCGUGUGACCCGUGUCCCGGUGGAGUGAGGCGCUCGGUUAAAUGUUUCGCCGCCACCAAACCGCUCACACCGACGACGAUGGACUGAAACCCACUGCGGUGCCCACGCGACCCGCCGCGACUCCCUGCGCGUAAAUAAAUGCUAGAGGAUACGAUGACCCUGCUGUCUCUGUUAGGUCGGAUCAUGCGUUAUUUUCUGCUCAGACCGGAGACCUUGUUCCUGCUGUGCAUCAGCCUGGCCCUCUGGAGUUACUUCUUCCACACGGACGAAGUGAAGACCAUCGUCAAGUCCAGCCGGGAUGCGGUCAAGAUGGUCAAGGGGAAAGUGGCGGAGAUGAUGCAGAACGAGCGGUUCGGCGGGCCGGACGUCCUGGACGCGGAGUUCUCCAAGACUUGGGAGUUCAAGAGCUACAACGUGGCCGUGUACUCCAUCCAAGGCCGGCGAGACCACAUGGAGGACAGGUUCGAGGUGCUCACCGACGUCGUCAACAGGAGUCACCCGUCUAUAUUUGGGAUUUUUGACGGCCAUGGGGGAGAUGCUGCUGCUGACUUUGCCAAAGCCCACCUGCCUGAGGCGCUCCGCCAGCAGCUACUGACCUACGAACGGGAGAGGGAACGCGACAGAGAAAAAGACAAGGAGAAAGAUGAAAAAAAGGAGAGGGGCAGCUUGUCCUAUCCUUCCAUCCUGCAGCAGCAGAUCCUCACUUUGGACAGAGAAAUGCUGGACAAGCUUUCUGCCACUUACAAUGAAGCAGGUACCACAUGUCUGGUGGCCUUGCUGUCGGAUAAGGAGUUGACUGUAGCCAACGUUGGAGACUCACGUGGAGUUCUGUGUGAUAAAGAUGGCAACGCUAUUCCUCUUUCGCAUGACCACAAACCUUACCAGCUCAAAGAACGCAAGAGGAUCAAGAAAGCUGGUGGGUUCAUCAGCUUCAACGGCUCGUGGCGCGUCCAGGGCAUCUUGGCCAUGUCCCGUUCUCUGGGCGAUUACCCGCUGAAGAACCUCAACGUGGUCAUUCCUGAUCCUGACAUCAUGUCGUUUGACCUGAACAAGCUGCAGCCAGAGUUCAUGAUCCUGGCCUCGGACGGCCUGUGGGACACCUUCAGCAACGAGGAGGCGGUUCGCUUCAUCAGGGAACGACUGGGCGAGCCUCAUUUUGGCGCUAAGAGCAUAGUCCUCCAGUCCUUCUAUCGUGGGUGCCCUGACAACAUCACCGUGAUGGUGGUCAAGUUUAAAGGCAAGGCCAGCGAACAGUAGACUGACCGUCUACCACACACAGUAUCUAUAUUAUGUUUCAAUAUGAGUAAGAAUAAAAUACUUUUUGAGUUACAACUAUCUCUAAUACAUUUUUAAAAAUUUGCCGGCCUUUCAUUGCACCAAUCAGCCGCUCCUUUACUUUGCCUGCAGAAAAAGUGACACUUGUAAGAAAUGGAGUUCCACUUCCAUAUUAUUUCAAAGUUCUAUCAGUGUAUUUGACUACUAAUAUUGUUAUUUGACAUUUCCUGACUCUGUUUCCAGAUCAUUUAAUUGCAAAUUGCAGUUUACUGAUUGACUGCACUGAAAAGGUUAUUUCUUCCUCAAUAGAACACACGAUGCGUUGUACAAACAGGAAUUUAUUCCCUUUUAUACAAUAUAUAUAUAUAUAUCUCACCGUCGAUACUGUACAGCAAUAGAAGCAAUUGCAAUGGUCCUAUCCCACGCUGAUCAUUGGAAAUAUGUAUGGAUGUAUCAAGUGUUAUGUCUGCAGUUGCCCAAUUUCAAAGGUUUAGAUCUCAGCUGUGAUGGCCUAUUUUUAAUGAUUUCUGCAAGUCUGCAAAUUUCUGUCUUGUUUUAUUGUUGCUAUAGUUAAAGCUUAGAGUCUUGAUUCUAAACCUUAUCAGAAUCCAUGUAACUACUUAUAAUAACUUUUGAAUAAAUGCAGCAUAGCUUACAAUUUUUUUUUAAAGCAAAAGUUUAAUAUAUUAUAACUGACUUAAUAAUGGUCACUUAUUAAUAGUCAGGUAAUAAUAGUUAAUAAAUAUAUAUAUAUAUAUAUAUAUAAAUUGGCAGUAAUUCUUGUAAUAUUAUUUAGGGAUUAAGAUUAUUAUGUAAGAUUUAGGAACCUUUUAAUAGGCUUCUUUUUUUACACAUUGACUUGCUAUUCCUUCAUGUGACUUUUUUGAUAAUAUCAUUGAUUACAAUCUACACAAGAUAUAAAUGUACUAAAAUUGACAUCUUACUGUUAUGUCUACUGUUAAUCACAUGUCAUCUUCACCUUGAUACAUAUUGCAUUUCCCUGCAACUCAAAAUGUAACAAAGAAUGAAACAUAAUCUUGCCUUAUUUUCUUAACUAUUAAUUACCUGGAAUGAAGUCUGCCGCAAAAACUACAUCUUGGUUUUAAAUGUAAUGCAGUCGAUCAUGCCAUGCACACCGCACAACCUCUGCGUCAGACCUUAUUAACUCACAUGUAGAAUAGCAUUGUUGAAAGAAAUAUCUCCAAGAGACAUGAAAUUGUAAGAUGAAUGUACACACUGUCCUUGUGUUAUUAUCCGCCAUCCACUGUUCACACUGCAGUGAAUAAAGUGGUGCGCCUGUUUCUGGAUUGUUUAACUUCAGAGAUAUAUAUAUAUAUCCGAUAAAUGUUGCUUUUUCAGACCACAAUCUCCCUUGAUAAUGUACUUUACAACGUGUCAAUGUGGCAUUUGUACUUGUUUUGUUUAUUUUAAUAAACUGAAGAGAAAAUGUCAAUCAAAAAGUUAACAUUAAAUGACAAAUCAUCAUUUUUACUUCUCUGUUUUUAGUUACUGAUAACUCCUGUUUUCUGUGCAGAUCAAUACCACAGUUGUAUACUAUCCAAAAAGUUCAGAAGUAAAAGAAAUAGAAAGUAUUGUAUUGUGAGAAUGUAUCACUUAGAUAAUUUGUCCAGCCUUACUGUAGUAUAAUCUUGUGCACAUUAUAAUGUGUCCUAAUAAUUAAAAAC